UUUCAUCUCCGGAUGGUGACGACCCCCCGUUUCCACACCAUCCACACCAGCAACAUCCCCUCCCACCCUCCUGGUAAAGUGAUAUCACACGGUGUUAGGCUGUCACUGUCGCUCACACCGCUGCUUUUCCCACCCCGCCCCACCGGGACCGGCGGCAGCGGGGGCCACACCGCCCCCCGGGAGCCAGCCAUGCCGAGCCGUGCCACUCUGCAGCCGGACUGCCGCCUUGACUCAUCCGUCCCCAGCGCUUCACAGGAGAGGAGGAGGAUGCCAUGAGAUUUCCCAUAGGCCCUCACUGGCACCUGGUUGGGAGUGAACCGGGGGGAAAGAGGGGAUAACUGACGGCGAAUAAUGACGCGAUGGUUCCGGUUGUAGAGCGAGCGCAGGGGGGCUCCGAUCGUCUUUAAUGACCGGUGCUGGAGAGGAUACCACCGGACUUCAUUGUGUGCGGAACCAACCGCACUUGUAGAAAAAAAGGUUCCCUAACAGGUUCCUAAGAUUUCCUUCAACCAGAAAGGGGGCUUUGCAGCACAUUCGAGGAUGUUAUCCCCCAGAUGGUGACUUCUACAGAAGCUUCUUCUUUUCCUGCAGGAGUUCCAGUGAGAGGAUGUUAUGAGAGGAACACCGCUCAGGCUGACAUGGUUUCCUAUCUUCUCACACUCCUCCGUCUCUGCACCUCCCGCUGUCUUCUAAUGGUUUGAUGGAGAGCUGGUCGAAUGUCAGCGGGAACUAUCGUUAUAUCCGGAGGAAUUCUCGCCGGAGUGAUACUGCUGUGCAUCGUAGCAGUGCUCUGUUACUGUAGACUCCAGUAUUACUGCUGUAAGAAGAAUGGUUCUGAGGUGGACGUGGGCUCUGUGGUGGGAGCGGACCCUCUCUCUCAUUUCCCCUGCAAUGCCUGCAACGCCCUCGCCAUGGACGGGGCCGCCAUCACCCCGGUGUCUCUGGAUCAGCUGGAGACGGGAACUCACCACAACCACUGCCCCACCUGUUCCCCCUACACCCUGCGCUCUGGACUCUCUAACAGCCUGCGUAACGGCGGGGAGCGUCUGGGCUUCCACACGUACUACGAGAACCCGUCUGUUUCUCUGCCGCUGACCGCCCACCCACAGGGCUCCUCGCCUGUGAGCUAUUACAGUCCCACGGACGAGUUUCCUCCCCCCCCACCACCUCCACGCUCCUACAGCACCGAUGUCUGACCUCUGCUGCUUUAUAAACGUACACUUACAUAGAAACCCUUUCUCGGAUGGAUUGUGGAGGGUUUUGAUGCAGCACAAUGACAAACAUUACUUCACAUGCUCACUUCUGCCACAGAUUUCCUCCAUGGGGGUGACCCAUAAACUGAGUCCACUGACAGAGAGGUAAAACGCCCAUGGGGAGUUUCAGUAAGCAGUAUAAACCAGAGAUAGGUCAGCAGGGAAGUGGUACAUUACUUUAGUAAAACCUCAUUUUGUUUCACACAAGGCCAAAUUACACGCAUUAAUAAAAUGUCAAUGUAAGUGUAAAGGUACAUGGAUUGAUGCGUCAUUUAAGACGCUUUUGAAGCUGGUCAGGGACAUGUGUGACCAUGCAUAGAGUUUAGUGGGAACACACAAUGGGCCCCACAGGCAAGUCAAUGUUCAUAUGUAGGUGCUAUGGAUGCAAUUCCCCUAAGCCAUGUUACUGACUUAUGAUUACAAUUUUAACAUUUCAAAAUUGCACACUCUCCACACAAAAAAACAUGUAAAUUAAUUUGCACUUUUGCACCAUAUGAUUGGGAUGAACAAAUCAAUGAUGUCCAAAGUAAAUGUUUCUGGAUCUAAUUUAGUAGUUAUCAAAGAAAACGGAGGGAAUAACCUUGAAAGUGAAAAUGCAAGUAAAUAUAAAUUGUCUAUUUAUUAUUAGUAACUUCAUUCUUAAUACAGAGUAUGAUACAUUUGUUGAUGCCUGUUCACACUUUUAUUCAUGUUCAGCUGUUUUACUACUAAAAAAACUUCUCAUUUAUGCUCGUUAUAAAUUAUGAUCAAUUAAUUUGUGUAAAAAGUGAAGUUGAACACGGUGACUAACAACAACCAAACAAUUUAACAAAAAAUCAACACCAAAUAAUAUGGAUCUUUUGGGAUACUUAGACAGGAAAUCCUUAUUAAGGAAGUGGAAUUUACUGCUCCUGCUCUAAUUGCUAUUAUUAACAAAUGAUUCAGAAGCAUGCUGCUUAAGGCCUGAUUUUAUUUUGAUAAACUUUUAAACAUUUCAAAAGAUAGUUUAGCCCAUGUCUGUUAAAAAGCUUACAAAUACCUUCAUCAGGUAGGAACAUAGAAAAGGUGACCCUGUUCCCCUGACAUCAAACUGUCUCAAUCAUUGAUUGAUUAUCAGUUAACAGAAUGACAAACUUCUCACACACUGAUAGCAUUAUAAGUCAAUAGCCAAGGUGGCUUGAAUUAGCCACAGACUGUCAUUUGUAUUUGUUAUUGUUUAGAGCCAGCCAUAGUUUUUAAUAUAAAUGGAGAUUUAUAGGAGUUAGCUGCAGUCUGCUGGGUCUUCACAGUCUAACUACAUGUGAUAACAUUACACAGAGAAGGACCCCUGCCUUGUUAGUUUCUGUUAUUCUCCCCUGCAUUGUUCCCCUCUCCCCGUGCCGGUGUUAACCGAGAGGGUCAAUGCUAAUAUGAGAACCCCCUCCCUACUGUACAUGAGGGCUAAGAGUUUUUCUAUUGGGUGUUGUUGUUUGCCAACCACAGAAACUACUCAUGGAGCCUAAGUGUUGUUUAUCUCCAGAGGAAACACAUGGAAAGUGAAGGAGAAACUAGAAAAGUAUGAAUUCAGUUAGCUUGUGUUUUCACUCCUGGUUAAUGAAACCAGACUGCUAAAAGGGUUCUGCAGUGUCUUCCAUUAAAGUCGAUGUAUUUAACCUUUUUCAUGUUUACAUUGAGACAAACAAAAGGAUCAGAUGUUAGAGGUGUUGUAGGCAGAGAGGAUCGUGUACUAUGCUUUGUUGAUCUUGAAGCUUAAGUUUUGUAUCUUAUAAGCCAUUAUAUCUGCUAUACCGUACAGUAACAAUAUGCAGUGUUAUUCCACAGUAUAUGCCUGAAUCUAUAUAUUUUUAAGGAGUGUUGUAGUGUUUGUGAGCAACGUCAGGGCUCGAGUGUGUUUUAGUGAGUUCGUACCAAAUGUGAGUUUUCCAUGCUUUUUAGUUAUUCUGCCAUCUUGAUUUUUCUCUAUUAAUGUCUCAGUACAAGACAGAAAUUACACGAGAAGAGAAUGGACUUCAAAUUAAUUAAAAUGUGGUGAAUUGUUUAAAAAAAUACAAUGGUAUUUAACAGAUUAUUAGUUAGAAAUGUAUAAAAUAUAUUUAAUCUGUAUUUUCUAACACCACAUUGUUUCACUGAGCUGCGAGCUUUGUUACCACAUCUCCUUACUUUCCUCACCUCACUUUACCUUGUUAUUCAGAGGUUUGUGCGAAAUUAUAUAGAUAUAAAGUAUAUGUAAAAAUACUUUUCUGUUAAUUUAGACGUCCACCCAGCAUUGGUGUUCACUGCCACUUAACAAAUAUACUCACUCAACAAAUGUGGUCCCCAUAUCUUGAUAAAGGGGGUUUAGUUGUGUGACUACCACUGAGACCACCGUUGCUGUAUCAGAACUAAAGUGUUAUUUAGAUUUUCCCUUUUCUUUGUCUGACUGUUGAAAAUUGUAUUUUUCAGAUUUUUCUCUAUGAAACUAGAACAAGUUUUGGUAUUCCCUGAUACAAAAUCCACCACGUUUCACAAGAUGUUCCUUUUUUUUAAUGGGGAAUAAAUGUUUAUAUCUGCCUGGACUUUUUUUCUGUUUGGUCUUUGCCCACAGUGACUCAGACAAUAGAUGCACGGGAUGUUGAAAUCCCAGUUUCUGGUUAGAAAUAAGAAAGAAAAAACACCUCAGAUGUAGCAGGAAGUGUUGAAAAACCACAAGGGAACAACACUUGAGUAAAAUUCUAAGACGGAAGUGAAAAGUAGCUACACGCUCGAAGAAAGGGAAGUGUAUAACUUGGAAAGAAGUGAAACUGAUCUGUCAUCAGGGGGAAUUAGUGGGAGAUUUCAGGGAGAAAUAAGAAGAACCUGUGAAAGUAAAACUAAGAUAUGGAGGGGAUCCUCUUAGUUAUUCUGCAUUCAUGUGCUGGUAUUUCAUCACUUUACCUGCUGGACCCGUUUGUUCUGCUGCUCAGCUCAUGAUAAUAAUAGACCGUCAGCUUUGUGUCGUGCCAACACCUCAGGGUGAAAUGUCACAAAUACCACAUGAUUAACUCCGUCAUUAAACUCCAGAAGUGUUUACCCGGCAGUUUCAUACAGCCUCUGAGCCAGCUAGUAUGAAGAGUGUGGACUAUGACAAAAUAUUUGUAUUG